GUACCUGCCCGUCCUUCCAUCCCUCCAUCCAUCCUCCCAUCCCUCCAUCCUCUCAUCCCUCCAUCCCUCCAUCCUCCCGGCCUCUCCGCCGGGCCGGGCCGGGCCGCACCCCGCGGGUUCCGCAGCCAUUGCCGGCCAAGGCGGUGCCGAUCCCGAUCCUGAUCCCGAUCCCGGCGGCCCCGGGGGCCGCGCUCCCCCCGCACCUUCCCGGCCAUGCGGGGGAGGCGGGCGGCGGCUCCGCGCUGAGCCCCGGGCCGAGGGACAGAGCCCCGGGCAGAGGGGGCUGAGCUCGGGGCUGCUCCGCAGGUGCUUGGAAAAUUCUCCAGCAGUUCAGUGCUGAGGGGGUGCUUUGGGAGCAUGGCCGAGGCAGGACUCCCAGUCCUGGCCUGGAGUGCAGGUUGUGAUGGGCGAUGCCCGUCCCUGCUGCCAGGGCGGGUUUGAGCUGUGGGGCUGUGAUCCCCUCACCCCCACGGUGCUGCCCUGGCUCCGGAGCCAUCCCCUGGCAGAGGAUGAGGAGGUUCAUUUACUGCAAGGUGGUUCUGGCCACGUCCCUGCUGUGGGUGCUGGUGGACGUGUUCCUGCUGCUCUACUUCAGCGAGUGCAACAAGUGUGAUGACAAGAAGGAGAGGUCGCUGCUGCCCGCCCUGAGGGCCGUUAUUUCCCGGAACCAGGACGGGCCAGGAGAGAUGGGAAAGGCCGUGCUCAUUCCCAAGGAUGACCAGGAGAAGAUGAAGGAGCUGUUUAAGAUCAACCAGUUCAACCUGAUGGCCAGUGACCUCAUCGCCCUCAACCGCAGCCUGCCCGACGUGCGGCUGGACGGGUGCAAGACGAAGGUGUACCCCGAGGAGCUGCCCAACACGAGCGUGGUGAUCGUGUUCCACAACGAGGCGUGGAGCACCCUGCUGCGCACCGUGUCCAGCGUCAUCAACCGCUCGCCCCCGCGCCUGCUCCGAGAGAUCAUCCUGGUGGACGACGCCAGCGAGAGAGAGUUUCUGAAGGCCUCCUUGGAGAACUACGUGAAGACCCUGGAGGUGCCCGUGAGGAUCAUCCGGAUGGAGCAGCGCUCGGGGCUGAUCCGGGCGCGGCUCCGCGGGGCCGCCGCCUCCAAGGGCCAGGUCAUCACCUUCCUGGAUGCCCACUGUGAGUGCACCCUGGGCUGGCUGGAGCCCCUGCUGGCCAGGAUCAAGGAGGACAGGAAAACCGUGGUGUGUCCCAUCAUCGACGUGAUCAGCGACGACACCUUCGAGUACAUGGCGGGCUCCGACAUGACCUACGGGGGCUUCAACUGGAAGCUGAACUUCCGCUGGUACCCCGUGCCCCAGAGGGAGAUGGACAGGAGGAAAGGGGACAGGACCCUCCCUGUCAGGACCCCUACUAUGGCUGGUGGCCUAUUUUCUAUUGACAGAAACUACUUUGAAGAGAUAGGAACUUACGAUGCAGGAAUGGAUAUCUGGGGUGGCGAGAAUCUUGAAAUGUCUUUUAGGAUCUGGCAGUGCGGGGGCUCCCUGGAGAUCGUCACCUGCUCCCACGUGGGACACGUGUUCCGCAAGGCCACCCCCUACACCUUCCCGGGGGGCACGGGCCACGUCAUCAACAAGAACAACAGGAGGCUGGCAGAGGUGUGGAUGGACGAGUUCAAGGACUUCUUCUACAUCAUCUCCCCGGGUGUGGUGAAGGUGGAUUAUGGAGACGUGUCCGUCAGGAAGGCCCUGAGGGAAAGCCUCAAGUGCAAACCCUUCUCGUGGUACCUGGAGAACAUCUACCCCGACUCCCAGAUCCCACGGCGCUACUACUCCCUGGGAGAGAUCAGGAAUGUUGAAACCAACCAGUGUUUGGACAACAUGGGCCGCAAGGAGAACGAGAAAGUGGGGUUUUUCAACUGCCAUGGAAUGGGAGGAAAUCAGGUGUUCUCCUACACCGCCGACAAGGAGAUCCGCACGGACGAUCUGUGCCUGGACGUGUCGCGCCUCAACGGGCCCAUCCUCAUGCUGAAGUGCCACCACAUGAGGGGCAACCAGCUCUGGGAGUACGAUGCCGAGAAGCUCACCCUGAGGCACGUGAACAGCAACCAGUGCCUGGCAGAGCCGUCGGAGGAGGACAGGCUGGUGCCCACCAUGCGGGAGUGCGGGGACGGCCGCUCCCAGCAGUGGCUGCUGCGCAACAUGACCCUGGGGGCCUGAGCUGGGCACUGCCAUCUCCUCCUCCUCCUGCCCUCCUCCUGCCCUCCUCCUGCCCAGCCCAGCCCUCUCCAAACGCCACCCGAGCCACGAGGCAUGUUCCAGGUCUGGGGGUGCCCCUUUGGCUGCUCCAGGAAGCUCCUGUGAGCCUGUGGAUGAUGAAGCACGUGCUGGUGAGCACACAGAUGUGCUCAGAGACGGUUCCAGAGACACCAGAGAGGUGUUGCUGCAUGUCCCACACCGCCACAGGGAGGUGGCCCAGCAUAAAAGGCCUUGUGACACCAGUUGGCACCGGGAGCCACCCUGGCAGGGGUGUCUUGAGCUGGGGGUGACGGUGCUGGUGACCCUUGGCAAGGCCUGGAGGGUGUUUGCUGAUCUCUCAUGCCCAGUGGGAGAUCUGACAGCACCAAACUGAGCAGCAAAGGCACCAGGCAGAGCCAAAGCCUCGUGGUUCGUGCCAGGAAAGAAUGGGACCUGGUGUUUGGAAAACUGGGCAAAGGCUGCACUUGAAGAAGGAAUUCCAGCAGAGGAGGCAGCAGCAGAAGACACAGGAAUGUGGAGAGGAAGGAGGGACACACGUGGUCCUUCAGAGCAGCACAGAGGGAACUCUCCUUUCCAUGGGAAUGGAACUGUCCUCUCCCUGGGAAUGGAACUGUCCUCUCCCUGGGAAUGGAACUGUCCUCUCCAUGGGAAUGGAACUGUCCUCUCCAUGGGAAUGGAACUGUCCUCUCCCUGGGAAUGGAACUGUCCUCUCCAUGGGAAUGGAACUGUCCUCUGCCUGGGAAUGGAACUGUCCUCUGCCUGGGAAUGGAACUGUCCUCUCCAUGGAAAUGGAACUGUCCUCUCCAUGGAAAUGGAACUGUCCUUUCCAUGGGAAUGGAGCUGUCCUCUCCAUGGGAAUGGAACUGUCCUCUCCUUGGGAAUGGAACUGUCCUCUCCAUGGGAAUGGAACUGUCCUCUGCCUGGGAAUGGAACUGUCCUCUCCAUGGGAAUGGAGCUGGCUGGGGCUGGACCUGGGGCUGCAGGGGCAGAUGGAGGGACUAAAACUGCCCCUCUGGGACCAGCAGAGCCUGGAGAGCCCCCAGCCCUGGCUGCCCUCACACAGCAGUGUCUCCCUGUCCAGGACACAGGCGGAGCUUCAUCCCUGGAUCCCCUGCACGGAGCUGGAUCCGCUCCCAGUUCUGCUCCCAGAGCAAUGACAGAGGCUGAUUUCUCUUUUCUGAUGGUUUUGUGGCUCAGUCCCUUUGUUGGUGUGGUCCUUGAUGGUCCCUGGUGGGAUGUGGGGACAGGUCCUGCCCAUACAGGUGACAUUUCCCAUCUAUAUUGGGGACAUUUCCUUUGGUGACCACCCAAAAUCCAUCUGCUGCACUCCAGGCUGGGUUUUUGACAAUAGUCUGUGGCUUCUUAUUGCUCAGAGGGUUGAAGAGACUGAAAUCCCAGGGCAGUGUGAUCCCAGCCCGGGGAAGGGGCGAAAUGUUUCCCAGGAUUUCACUCCCACUCCCUCAAAAAGGUCUGUAAAUGCACUGGGUCAUUAAAAAGGACAGUAUUUUCUGUAUAAUGCUCUGGUUGGAGUGGAUUAAUUGUGUCAUAAACAGAUGCAUUAUAAAUUUA